AUGGCGAGCUUCAUCGACGUCGUGCUGCACCAAGCCGAGAUCGCAGCGAUGGUUUUUGAGUUUCAGUUGGGCGUCUACGAAGACGUUCUUUCCCGCUUCAUGGACUUUCGGUUCCUCGUCGACUUCACGCCGUGUGGUGCGUGGUACAAUGGCUACUACGCGCUCGACCCAGCGCUGCGCACGUCGCUACGCGGUUUCAGCGACGCGGCGGCGCGCGAGAAGCUGCGCGCGACCGAUCUGUACCUCAACGAGCUCAACUACCGCGACGAGCGCUUCCCACUCCAUCUCGCGAUUGCGGAGGGCGAUAUUGUUGCGGCCAAGCGCAUGCUGGCCUGCCGCCCCGACCUUGCCUACCAAGAUGCCAUCGCAGUCGCAGUCGAGUUUGACCAGCUCGAGAUGGCAGCACUCCUUUUGGAGCUCCGCGCCACGAUAACGAAUCUGUUGGUCCCGUUUGACGCAACGUUUCUCGGCGAGCCACCAAGGAGCCUCGACAGUUGGCUGCCGUUGCAAGUGCUCGAGAAGGACAAUGCCGCCAUCUUGCCACGCUGCAGAAAAGGGCGCGGCGCAGACAGCCAUUUUCUCUACGAGCGCAUGCCCGACGCGAUUUACGCUGGGUUUAUGAACGACGCGGCCAAAAUGGGUCUUCUCGCGAUCGUCCAGGACCUCCACAGUCGCGGCGAGGCCUGCACGACAGACGCCAUGGACCAAGCGGCAGCCAACGGACAUCUGGAGGUCGUUCGGUUCCUUCAAGAGCAUCGAACCGAGGGCUGCUCGACGGACGCCAUGACUCUGGCCGUUGCGAACGGGCACGUGGACGUCGUCCGCUUCUUCAUCGAGCGUCGCGGUCUCAGCGUGCCAUGUGACGCUCUCGACGUGGCAGCAGUCAACGGACAUUUGGAGCUCGUCACGUAUCUACAUGGCCUCGGGAUGACUGCGCCACUCGCCAUCGACUUUGCCGCUGCGAACGGCCACCUCGACGUUGUUCGAUUUCUCUUGGACCAUCACAGUGAGAAUGGUACCACUCGGGACACGCUCGUCCACAAGCUGCUUCAGUGCGGCGGCAACGACAUCGUUCUGGACCUUGUCGCACAGGGGUAUCCGCUUCCGACAGGCGACGUUGCCUUGACCGAGUGCCUCAAGAAGCCCCAUGCACUGGCCGUCCUGCAGCUCCUUCUCGACCACAACGUGCUCUUUACGCCCAAGAUGAUGGCGGCAAUCUGCACCGAGGCCAAUGACGAUGUCUUCCAACUCGUCGAAACGAAAGUGCCAGCGUCGCCGUGGACCUGUGAGAUGGUCCAGUCGGCACUCCGAAACAAGCACAUCCAUCGCGCCAUCAACGCCGUCGCCCAACAACCCGAACUGCGCGACUUUAGCUUGGCAGAGCUCAUCGGUCGCAGCAGCAUCGAUGUACACCCACGCGAUUUUAUACCGACGACGGGCGUUGACGCGCCGCGCACUCUCGUGUGCAACUGGUGGUACACGUCCGACUUGAAGGUCUUUGAGAUGCUGCUGCCGUACUGCAUGCAAGACGACGACCCUAUUGACAAUCUCGCCUUCCUCGUCCACUUGUACGUCAAGCGCUCGACGUCCUUGACCCAGUCGUGGCUUUUGCUACUAAAAGGUGAAAUGGUGCGCCAAGCAACGGCGGCCAACUGCCUCCUUUCCAACACGGAGGCCGGUGUGGACGUUGAAGUGCUGGCUGCGGCGCUGCUCGCUCGGGGCGCCGUGACCACCCGCCUCGUACCCAGAGGUCGUAUGCUCGAGCGAACGCUCGACAAGUCGGCGGUCGCCGACUGGGGCUUGACGGUGCUCUUUGUGCAUUUCUGGUCGACGGAUGUCAUUAAGCAUGCGCUGCAAUUGGUGCAGUGGAUCGACCAAGUCCAGGACGACGAGAUGAAAAGCCACCUGCAGCGGCUUCUCAAAGACAAGCUGGCUCGGCUCGAGUGUCCGCACAUCCUCACGGCCGCAGAGAAACAAGCGGACGACGCGCAAUUCGACAUGUUGUGGCCUACAAGUGCGGACUACUAA